AUGUCUGUACAAUCUUCCGAUCCGUUACAAUCCCAAGAUAUCUCAGAUACAAACUUAUCUUCUGUAGAUACUUCUCUAAAAAAAAAAGACGUCGUACUACCAAAACAGUUUGACGAAGUUAU